UUUAAUCCCACACUAAUGAACUUUAUAAUACGCUGUUUGGCACACAUUUAUUGCUCAUCUUCUACAAAUUUCCUGCGUCUCAAAAAACACGUGAAAAAGCGAUAAGGUAUUGCCUUCUUUUUUUUCCACUCUCUUCCCCCACACUACAGAGCCACAGCACUGAAACCCAGACUUAAAAUCCCAUCUUUUGAUCAUCAUUUGCUGCAAAUCCAAACCCAUCAAAUGAUCACAUAAACCCCAGAAGAAAAAAAGGGUAAAAAAGUGGGGAAAAAGGAAAAAAAAAAUUCUCCGCCAUGAGUGCACCGGACCAAGAAAACCACGUUUCCGGCGAGAAAACCAACCAGUUGUGCGAUUUCUGUGAAGAAUCUCUAGCUUUACUCUACUGUCGCGCCGACUCGGCCAAGCUCUGCUUCAGCUGCGACCUCGAGGUACACUCCACAAACCCGCUCUUCAGGAAGCACGUGCGGUCCCUCCUCUGCAAUUCGUGCAGUUCUUCUCCGUCCUCGAUCUUCUGCUGCACCGAAUCCGCCGUGCUCUGCCAGAACUGUGACUGGGAGACCCACCGGGUCUCCGGGUCGAUUCACGAUCGGAGGCCGGUCGAGGGUUUCAGCGGGUGCCCUUCCGUGAGCGAGCUGUUGGGUUUUCUAGGGUUGGAGGAUUUGGGGAAAAAAGGUCUGGGCCUUGGUGGUUGUGGGCGGGACGAGGAUUUGUUGGAUUUUCUGGUUUGGGAGACGCCAUCGAUCGUGAGCUUGGAUGAUUUGGUGGUUGCCGGUGAUUGUGUGGAUGGUGGCCGGAGUUUUCAGGCUCUGGGGGUCCCACCUUUGCCGAAGAACCGUAAUGCGGCAUGUGGCAAAGACAAGGAAGAAGUAUUUCGCCAGCUUCGGGAGAUGGCGAAAAAUGAUCCAUACUUCACUGGUUCUCUCGAAGACCUCAAACUCCAUGUGGGAAUUCAGUCGCAAUUACCUGGAAAGUGCCAGUUGUCGGAUAGUAUUCCUCCCUUUCGGAACAAAACCGAGCCCAUAUCAGCUUCUUCUUAUGAGGCAAAUGUACCCAAUUGGACCGAUUUCGCUAGUGGGGUUUUGGACGAAAGUUUUGAUCCAACGGUCCUUAAUGGCUUUGACGAGAUGAACCAUUUGGUCCCUGACGAGGAUUUGAACAACAUUGAAGAUAAAUGUGUUGCAGAUGAAGUUCUUGAAAUGCAAUGGCACAAUCCUCUCGAUUCAAAGACUCCCCAAAUGCUUCAUGCAGUGGGAGCUCGUGAAUUGAACACUCAAGAGCGGGACUCUGCAAUUUCGCGGUACAAAGAAAAAAAGAAAACUAGGAGGUAUUAAAUAAAAUUAUUGUUCGUCUCAAACUCAAAGUCUCGAAUCCACUCGUCUUCUCGUUUUGAGUCCUUUUUAACACAGCAUUACAAAUUUCUUUGGAUACUUUCUUACGUAUAUCUGUUUUAUCGAGGACUUGUAAUAAUAACUGUGUGAAGUGAUGUGAUGUGAACAGAUAUGACAAGCACAUAAGGUAUGAAUCAAGAAAGGCACGAGCAGAGACUAGGACGAGGAUAAAGGGUCGUUUUGCAAAGAUAGACCGCUAGGAUUUUUCAAUGUGAUGAUGAUUCAGAUUGUUCGGAAAAAAAUUCCAUUCUUGAGCCGGUGUUAGCAGAAAGUGUUGGCAUAAAAAUUGUUGGAUGUUCUGUAAACUUGAGAGAUGAGAGGUAGAUAGUAAUGUAUUUGUGUGGUUUUUUUUUUAAAAAAAAAAAAUUAUGGUGUAUUGCUUUAAUUUCUUGGGAUGUAUAUAAGAACAUAUGUUGUACGCUUAUAUGAUGUAUUUAUGUCUGUAGCUUUGUAUAUAUGCAAUUUGUAACUUGAGCUUCUUGUAAUAAAGAGUAUUAUCCUUUCACAUUCAUUAGCCUAAGAAAAAUGUAUUACUUCCAAAACACAAAUGUG